GAAAAAAAAGUAGAAACUAAUAUAGAUGAUAAAAUGAAGACUGGGUUUGAUCAAUUUUUAGUAUGUAUGGAUUCAUAUUUAGAUCUAAUUAAAAUAUCUAAAAUAGAUAGUGCUCAAACAAAG